AUGCUGAGGGCAGGGAGCAGCCACCGUGACAAGGGGCCCGACAGCAUACUGCCGAAGUCACAGAUCGUCAAUGAAGAGGGGGUGGACAAGGUCCGCAAGUUGAUGGUGCUCGAAGGCCAGCGGGAGACCUCGGUGGUGAGGCUGGCGAGCAUCCCGCCCGUCACGGACCGGCUGGAGCGCAUCAUCGUUUUCGUCUCCUUCGUGGCGGCCAGAUGGGCGGCACCCGAAGGACAGGCGACGGGGACACCGCAGGUGGCAGGCUACCCGCGGGCAGCACAGAGGCCGCCGGCGGCCAGACGCAGACCGGCGGCAGGGGUGCCGCGGGUGGCAGGGGUGCCGCGGGCGGCAGGUCGCAGGCCGGCCGUGGGGCUGCCGCAGGCGGCAGCCAUCAGGCCGGUGGAAGAGGCACCACCGGCAGCGGAGUGGCAGCCCCAGGGGACAAGGGAAAGCGCCCCUUGUAUGUUCGUGCCGCAGCCGUCGUCCUCGUCGUCGCCUCCAUGGCAGCGGCCGUUAGCGGGCGGUGCGAAGGAGGGAGGCCGGGGUGGCCAGUCGUCCAGCGCAGAAUCUGCGACGGAGGCGAGGUCCAGGGUGGGGAAGCCCGAAGACCAAGGCCGGCGUGGUGGGUCUACAGUGAGUGCCCAAGCCGGCCUACCGUCGGAGACAGGCUCCGCGACGGAGGCGAGGUCCAGGGCGCAGGAGCCCGAAGACCAAGGCCGGCGCGACGGCUCUACAGCGAGUGCCCAAGCCAGCCCGCCGCUAGAGACGGGCUCCACGGUGACCCCUCAGCGGCCCGAGGGACAGAGCCCCCCGCCGAAGAGGAGGAGGGCAGACUUCGGGCUGAAGCCGCAGGGCCCAGAAUUCAAGAUCCUAGAGUCCCGGUGGCAAUACCGCGGACCAAAGUCAGCGCCACCCAAGGACGCCGCCGGAGACCAAAGGCGACCGGAACCGCCAAGGCUGGCUCUCGCCCCUGAGCCGAGCUCGCCGGCCGAGCCGGAGCCGCAGGCACCGCCGUGCCCUGAGCCGAGGGCAGCGGCCGCGCCCGAGCAGCCUGCGCCGGUCGAGCCCGCCCCGAGCACUUCGAGGGUGGGGCAAAUGGCCGCGGUGAGGGCCGCGGAACCCCUCCUGGACGUGCUAGGGAGCUCCCGGGAGGUGAUCGAGCGGCUGGAGGCGGCCGUGGCGAGGGAGCGGUCACAGCUUGAGGUGGACCGCGCCACCCUCGUCGAGGAGAAGGGGCACUUGGAGGAGGUUGGCCGACUUUUGGAGGCCCGCAUCACCUUGGCCCGCGCAAAUCAUGGGAUUGAGAAGCGCUCGGUGGCCGAGGAGCGGGAGGCCCUAGAGGAGCUGCGCAGGAGGAAGCCACCCGCUUGGGGGAGAUAUCGCGGCGGUGGGCCACGGAGCUGCUCACCAGGGAGCGGCUGGUGCGUGCUCAGGAUGAGGCCAUCGUGCCGCUCGAGAAGGCUGUGGAGGCCUCCCGAGCAGACUUAG